AUGCUGCAGCAGGAGCUGCAGCGGGCGCGGUCCGGCGCAAACUCCGGCUUCUACUCGAGCUUCCAAGAGCUGCCGGGGCCCCCGGUGGAGAGCAAAGCGCAGGAGUUCUUCGCAGCGCGGCGGCGCGCAGAAGCUGCUGCUGCUGCUGCUGCUGCUGCUGCUGCAGCAGCAGCGGCCCCCGAACUGCCGCAGCCGGGGCCCCACGGGUACCGCCCGGGGCCCCCGGGGCCCCUGCACUUCGGAGUGCCCUUUGGGGACGGCUGGGACGCGGGAGUUGCUGCUGUUUCGCAUGCAAUGUUCGGAAGUUCGGGGGCUUUCAAAGCAAUUCCAAUUCCUGUUCGAAGUGUCUUUCGCCGCAGAAGGCCUGGAGACGCAGCGCCCGAGUGGCCCAACGCCUUCGUCACCCGCGUGGACCCCUGCGAGUGCGCAGCAGCAGCAGCAGCAGCAGAAGAGGCCUUCACGCCCUGCGAGAUUGCGCGCUACAGGGACUCCGCCGGCCGGCCCCACACCACGCUGGACUUUUCGCCCCACCACUGA